UAAAAGUCUGAUUCCAAGAAAAUAUCAAAACGGGCUGCUGAAACUUUGUUCUUUUCUUAAGCAAAAAAUAAUAACAGACUGUUGAAAUGCAGUUUUUAUGCGAGUAAUUUCGGGCUUGCAUUCAAUAUGUGUAGGAUCGAACUUUACAUUGGAUGCUAGCUGUACAUGAAGCUACCACGAUAUAACUAAUUGCAAACAGUGGCCGAGUAACAAGUGGUAAACAUGGGAGAUUCGUUAGCUUUCCGUCUGAGUGCAAAAGAAUCCCUCAAGAAAACUGUCUGUGAUUACAAAACCCACAUUGCUGAGAUUGCUGCUCUUCAUAGGGACACCACAAGAUGUCUGAAGGAAAUCCAAGAUCUAAUAAAAGCCAGUCGACGAACUGAGCCUUUGUUCUCUCUGCCUGCACUCCAGGUUCCAGAUUUCAACUUUGGCAAUCGUUUGCCUUGUGUUUUGUUUAUUGGAACCCAUAACUGCGGUAAAACCACUCUGCUGAAUGUAUUCUUGGGUAAACAUAUACUUCCUACCCACGAAACUCCGUGUACUGCACGACUAGUGCGAAUGGUGUACAGCUCAGGCAAUGAGAACUAUGUUACUCUGGUGGACUCUCAAGGUCACAAACAAGAAACCAGGACUUUCAAGGAUAAAGUUCCCAGGAAAUAUAUUGUCCUGAAGGACGACGAACGCCAAGAUGGGGAAAAGCUCAAGACCAUAGUAGAAGUAGGAGUCAAAGAUAUUAAACUAUUGGAAUGUGGAAUAGAGCUCAUUGAUUCUCCCGGUCGCAACGAGAACGAAGCUUUGGACCUUGUCGUGGAGGAAUUCUUAAGCAAAGGAGUCGUACCCUUGAUUGUUUACGUAGUGGAUGGAAACAAUCAGCUUCAACAAACGGACCGUACCACUAUACGAGAGCUACAGAACAAGUUUCCAAACGUUUCUCUGAUGUUUGUUUGUAGCAAGGUAGAUGUUGAGAAAAAAGCCAAGGCUUAUGACAAGGAUGAAGACAACGAUGAUGAUGAAGCUGACGAUCCUUUUGAUGAAGAGCUUUUCAAUCAAGCUCAGAAAAAGAAGUAUGACGUUUUCCAUAAGUUGAAAAAUCUUGAUUUCCUUCCUUCAGACGAUGAAAUUGAAUCGUCUAGCCUUUUCCAUGGAGUUUCUGCAAGGAUGGUAAAACUGUCUCGAAAGAGAAAGCUUAGAAACGCAGCAACGAUGAGCUUCGAAAACCUGGAGCUUUGCAUUUUUGAAAAACUAGAAAGCUCUUUCAGAAAAGAAAGUAAAAAAGCGUUAUCAAUCUUAUUGUCAACUCAAGAGAUGAUCCUGACUUCUGUGGUUGAUAAGGAAAGAACAUUUGCCAAUGCCGUGUCUUCCGUAUCUAAUGCUUACAAUCGUGCAAUUGGCAUAGAACUAUCGCUCUUCUCCUUGAUUUUAGACCUGAUUGUCAAGGGCAAAACCAUCACCAAUGCUAUUGGUUCAGAACUGGAGAAGCUAGCAGAGAUCUUCAUAAAAGAAGGAGAAAAAUAUCAGUUCAAGGCAAAUGGUAAAAGGAAUGCGGAGUCAUUAGUUGAAGAAUUUUGCAGUGAAAUAAAGGGUUCUAUUUUAGACAGAACAUUCAAUGUGUUGAAGCGCUCUGUUAAACGUGAUUUGAAACGCAGUCUUGUCCUCUCUGUGUUAAAGGUGGAGGAGCUAGCAAAGUCUGUCGAGAGCGCACUUCUAUCGCGAUUUAUACGUCGCGCUUAUGCUAGUGAAUAUCACCAAGAAAGGAAACAAAUGAAUGCCAAACGUCUUGUCGAAAAUUGUGCUGUACUAGAUGGCAUUUUAGAGUCAUUUUCCAUUGCUAUCGAUGUUGCUUUAAGAAGAGAACUUUCACGACAUUUAGAAAAGUUUGACUUGAAAAACGACGGAGCCAAUGCACCAAAGCCAAAAGAUAGUUCCUGGAGACGGAAAGUCGUACAAGGCAUGCUCUCAAAAAUCAACUGCAAAGAACUUGCUAAAACUGUCGUUAAAACCUGUGGAGAAGCUCUAAAAUUAAAACAUCAGGAAUUCGUGCAAGAUGUCCGUGAGUUCAAGUUACUGAACCAAGCACUAUCUUCCCAUGGUGUUGAAUCAAUGGUCACGCGUCUUCGUACUGAUUAUGUCCCACAAGUUGCCGAGCUUGCUGUCAAAGGACAUGCUUUGCAGUAUGUCAUCGAACGUGGCGGCCCACCCGAACUUGGCGAGGAAGAAAUGUGCACUGCGCAUGGUCGAGUACAUUCUUGCUCCAGCCCCCUUUGGUGUGCAGACCGCGAUUGCUGUAUGGUAAAAGUGGUCACGAAAUCUGCUGUUGGCUCAAAGGUUUGGAACCAAACCAUGCUUGAUUGCAUGCAUACAAUAGAUAUUGUUGAAAAGCUUGGCACAUGUUGUCCAAAGUUUCUACAGCUGAACGGCUGGUUCUUACCAGAGCCAGAUAAACUCUACAUAGUAAUGGAAAAAGCAGUAGAAGAUCUAUUGGCUGCCCUGAAACGAGGAAUGUCAUGGGAAAAGCGCUUGCGAGUUGCUAUAGAUGUAGCAGAAGGAGUUUCUGCAAUACACAAAGCUAACUACAUCUAUCAAGAUCUCAAGCCCCAAAAUGUCAUGCUAACUGUAGAUGGAACAUCCAAGGUGAAUCUGUGUAAACCAGAGAAGCCAUUCGAGACUACAAAACUGGGAAUCCCUUUCCACAUUUCACCGACGAUGUUUCUUAACUACCAAGGAGGCAGCCAUGCCAAAAAGAUGUAUGAUAUUUACGCCUUUGGUUCUCUGUUGUGGGUCUUAUGCGAAGGGUCAGGGGAAGCUCGACCACAGGUCUACUCACACUGUUAUGAUAUCGAUGCAAUGAAAGAUGCAGUUUGCCACCAAGGGAUACGACCCGAGAGACCACCAAAAACCCCAGAUGCUUGGUGGGAUUUGAUGACUCUAUGUUGGAAGGAAGAUGCCUCUACUAAGAUGCAAAAUGUGCUGGAUCAACUGCUUCAAAUUCAUUACAAAAACACAUGUACUAUGAAUGGAUGAAACCCAUCAUUGUCUUACAGAAAGAGAUUUCUCUGUAUUUCUAUGGGAUUGAGUAGAGAGGAGACUAGUAGAGAAGCCGAUGCUACUCAAUAUAUACUGGGUUUCAAUUAAGGAAAUCUCGCAUCACAAUCGCAUCGUAAUAAUGGUUUUCCAAAAUUCUAAAUUCGUUUUUGAUCGCCAUUUUUUUUGGGAGAGAGGGGGGGACUUAUCUCUCGAUAUUUACUUAUCAUUUCCGCAAUCUAAAAAUUUAAACUAAAAUGAUUUAAUCAAUUCCCAACGGAAACUUGUGAUGUUGAAAAUAUCUUGUUUAAUUUGCUACACUCAAAAAAAAUCUCUCUAACUCGGCUGUUAAUUGUUCUGGCUAUGGCAGCUCAAAUUUUUGAUAUUCAAGAACCUUAGAUUUUGUUUACUCACAAUUCGCUACAUUCAACAUUGCACGCAACAUUGCACCCAACAAAUUUGAAUAGGGGUGAAACAUGUUGCACGAAAACCUCGCAACAUCGCUUGUGUCAGCCUGAUAUGCUAAGAAAAGUGGUCAGCGGAUAUAAAUUUAGUGCAAGCUGAUUGGCUGGACAUUUGAAAACAUUGCACGCAAUGUUGCAGCCAUGUUCACACGAUGAGAUUUUCUGCGCUCAAUGUUGCAAGAGUAGAGCGCGAUUCAACUUCAGAUUUGUUGCAUGCAACAAGUUUCAGGGGUAGACACUCAAAAGGCAGCUCAAAAGUUUUGAUUUCCAAAGAGAUUUGAAACUCGAAGAAAAGGAAAAGGGGAAACUAAAAUUCGUAUAUUUAUUAGUCAGACUAAUUUGGCCUAUUUUUUACUAAUAGCCUGUUUUGGUCUAAUGUUGAUGGUAGGGUAAGGGUGACCGCGGCUGUAAGCAAAGACGCGUUAUUCUAUUAGUAGCAUUGGUAAGGACAAUUCAACGAACAUCAGGAUGGUAAAGAAAUUUUUCUUGAUUUCACAGGCCGAUGAAAAUUCGUUCGAAUAACAGUGAUUUUUGUAACAGCAUCCGGCUUUGCAUGCAGCUAGCAAAAUAUUAAUCCAUUUGAUUAUACAGAAUCUUUCAGGACACUUUGACGCAUCUGAGAAUAGAAACAAUGUAAAUUGAAUAAACUCUAGGGAAAAUAAAAAUCGUGUCAAGUCACGAUAUGAUUUCUCCUAUUCGGAUGAGAAAAGUUCAUCUUCAGCGGCACAAAUUUACUUCGCUUUUAAUCUGAAUUCAGAUCGUAAAAUAAAUCAAUAGAAAUUUGAUAUUA